AUGAUUCAAAAUUCAGUACAGUUUGAUGGUUUAGCGGAUGAGGACCCCCAUGCCGAUCUUGCCCGGUUUAUUCAAAUAUGCUCCACUUUCAAGAUCAAUUCUGUGUCAGACGAUGCCAUAAGACUUAGAUUGUUCCCGUUCAGUUUGAGAGGAGCAACAUACAGAUGGUUCACAUCCUUAGCUCCUUGGUCCAUCACCACUUUGAAGGAGAUGGGUGAGAAGUUCUUGGCCCGAUAUUUUCCUCCAAGCAAAGCUACAAGACUGAGACAAGAGAUAUCAUCUUUCAGGCAAGCGGCAGGUGGUGCUUUAAGCAACAAGCUUCCUAAAGAGGCUGAGGAAUUAAUUGAGAAUAUGGCCAGCAAUGAGUGUCAUUGGAGCACUAGACAGAAGCCUCCAAGGGCUACAGGGCUAUACGAGGUGAAUGAAUCCACAUCAUUAGCAAUGAAGAUUGAUGCCCUGACGAAACGUGUCAUGGAGAAUAGGCAUGCAACAACACAAUGCCCUAUUUUCGUUACCCCAUCACCUCCUGUGGAAACAGUUGAUUAUGUUGGGGGUGGACCCUGGGGAUCAAGGAAUCAAUUUGGCAACGCUUACAAUUAUGGAUGGAGGGGCUCUUCAAAUCCUUCUUGGAAUCAAGGCCAAUCUCAGUACAGACCCAUGAUUAGCAAGGGGGCACGUUUUGUGCAUAAUGAAAAGAAACUUGAUGAAUUCAGUACCAUAUUGAGAAAUGUACAAGCAUCCAUCCAAUCUCUGGAGAACCAAUUGGAAACAAGGAAAAGAGGGAUCCCAAGUGCGUCCAAUGAUGGGGUAGCCAUCUGGGAAGACCCUAAUUUGAGUGACGAUGCAAGCAAGGAGAAUGGGAGGAAAACUGUUGAAGACUCCCCAAAUUCAAACAUUUCAAGUGGGCACGAAUAUAAGCCAGUGGUAUCGUACUCCUCAAGACUCAAACAAGAUAAAGAUGAAGCUCAAUUCAAGAAGUUCCUCAAUAUCUUCAAGCAACUCCACAUAAAUAUUACAAUCAUUGAAGCACUAGCUCAAAUGCCGAAGUAUGGCAAGUUUUUAAAGGAGCUUCUCACCAAUAAGAGAAAGUUAGAGGAAUAA